AUGUCCAGCAGCCGCGGCGACGCUCUCCUUGACUCGGCGCCGCUGCUCGGCGCCGGCGCCGGCGGCGGGGGCCAGCGCCGGGGCAACGCGCUCCGCCGGCCGUCGCUGCGCGGCGCCGCGCGCCUGCUGCGCCGCAGCGGGCGGCGGGCGAUGCGGGAGCCGUCGAUGCUCGUGCGGGAGGCGGCGGCCGAGCACCUCGAGGAGCGGCAGGCGGACUGGGCCUACUCCCGCCCCGUCGUGGCGCUCGAUCUCCUCUGGAACAUCUCCUUCAUCACCGUCGCCGCCGUCGUGCUCGUGCUCAGCCGCAACGAGAAAUCCCCCAUGCCGCUCCGGACCUGGGUCGCCGGCUACGCCCUGCAGUGCGUCGUCCACAUGGUCUGCGUCGCCGUCGAGUACCGGAUGCGCCGAAGCCAGCGCGGCGGGGCCCCAGCACCCGCCGACGAGGAGAGGGGCAGCGACGGCUCGUCCUCGUCCAGCGACGAGGAUGCCAGCGAGCACCAUCUUCGUGGUCGCGACACCGAUUACGUCAGUUUGGCAAAGCAUCUGGAGUCUGCGAAUACAAUGUUCUCCUUCAUAUGGUGGAUAAUUGGAUUUUACUGGAUAUCUGCCGGGGGUGAAGAGGUUAUCCAUGAUGCACCUCAACUAUACUGGCUUUGCAUAGUCUUUCUGGCGUUUGAUGUGUUCUUUGUUGUUUUCUGUGUCGCUCUGGCUUGCAUUAUUGGUAUUGCCGUUUGUUGCUGCCUCCCUUGCAUUAUAGCAAUUCUGUAUGCUGUCUCUGAUCAGGAAGGAGCAUCUGAAGAUGACAGAGUGCUGCAUUUGCAUUUCAGCAUACGAUGA